CCCUUGGAGAUACGUUGUUUGUUAAUCUGAACAGAUCAAUCACGUUUAAAGCAUUCGGCCUCAUAAGGAAAGAAAUGCAAGUUUUACAAGAAAUGGGUCAGGAUCCAACAACGUGUGGUUGCUACCUAAGGAGAACUCAUGGUCUACCGUGCGCACAUGAGCUUCAGUACUACAUCAUAAAUGGGUAUAGCAUUCCGUUGGAUCAAAUACAUGAUUAUUGGAAAAAGUUAGAUAUUCAGUUUCCAAUAUUUCCUAAUGAUGCCGCGGAUGGAUCCCCGACUCCACCAAAUCCAGUGAGGAGGGCGUUGUUCGAAGAAGUCCCUGAUAUUACUGCACCUCCUACUGCUAAAAAGAAAACCAAGGGUAAAAAGCUCUCUAGUCUCCGUGUACCUUCGGCGUGGGAGAGGGUUGUGAAACAGUACGGAUUUAAAAAGUCUCCAAACAAAAAGGGCCCUGGACGUGUUGCUUCUAUCUCUGCAUCACAGGGGAGUCCAAUGAGCACAUCCCAACGUACGGGGCCACCAGUAUCACCAUCUUCUCCAAAUCCUCCGUGCUCAAGGCCUCCAAUGUCAACCCCUUCUUCCAAAGGCACCACGUUCAUCUUUAAGAAUUCUGUAUUUGAGAGAGAAUUCCCGCCCUACAUUAGAAAAUACAUAGAUCAAUGCACAGAUGUAGCGGCAGACGGAAAUUGUGGAUUUAGAGCGGUGGCUCUAGCAAUUUACGGAACAGAAGAUGAUUGGGUUAAAGUUAGACAAGACUUAGUAGCAGAUCUACAGAAUAGAAGCGCCUUGUACGCUCGAAUCUUAGGUGGGAGGAGUGCGAGGAGUUCUAAUGUGACUAAUCUCAUCCAAUCGAUUGCUCACUACCAUGGACCAGCGGAUGAUGAUUACUGGAUGGCGGUACCGGAUUGCGGUCACGUAAUUGCAACAACAUAUAAUGUUGUUUUCAUGACAUUCAGUGAACAUGGAGGAAAUACUUGUCUGCCAGCGAUAUUAGAUGAAACACAAGGACCUCCAACCCGAAAGGUGGUGUGCGGACAUCUUAGCAAUGAUCAUUGGAUUUUGUUGCAUAUGAAACCAGGGGAUCAUCCGGUACCACCCAUAGCAUUUUACUGGAACGACCAUCACGACAAAUCUGCAGAUGGUUUAGAUGCACAAUUUGCAUUCUCGAUCAGUCACUUUAACCGUCUCCACAAUGAAGAUGGAGAACGUCGAGCAUCAACAAGAAGAAGAAAGAACAAUUAAUUAGGAUCGAAAAAAAAAUUGAUGUAUUUCGUUGAGUAGAUUAAUACUUUGAUUUUCUAAUA